AUGGGCGGUUUCGCCAGCAAGCUUAGCGACUUCUUUUCCUUUCUCUCCGGUGACGGGGAUUCCGCCCACGCCGCUGGGGAGCAAAGCCAUGCCGCCGACAUCAACGCCGCUGCAGAGAAGAAAAGCGAUUCCAACGGCGUCUUGGACGACGCGGCCAAGAAGGCCGCCGGCGCCCGUGAUGCGGCGCCCACGGCGCUAGCGUCCGUCCAGAAGGCGGCAUCCGCGGCGCUCGCGUCUGUCAAGAAAGCGGCUGAGGCGGCGGUGAGCUACGUGUCCGGGCUGAUCGUCGCAGCCGCAGCCGCUGCUUCUUCGGCCGUUGUCUCGGCCUGCGGGGCCCUGAAGCGUGCCGCCCGCGCCGCCGGCGACAAGGUGUUGGAGCUCGUGGAGCAGCUCCUCGUCAGCGGCGCGGCCGCGGCCGCGAAGAGCAGGCUCGACGCUGUGGCGGCGGCGCUCCGUGGGGGUGCCUGCGCCCCGUCGUUCGCAGCGACCGUCGCGGCCGCCCUCGACGCCGCCUGCUCGGCCGCCGUCCAGGCCGGCAAACGACAGGCCUUCGCCGCCGCGCUGCCGGAGCUUGCGUCCGCCGCAAGGACCACUAAUCCGGCGGCGGCGGCGGAAUCAGCCGUCGUGGUGGAUAUCAAGUUCAUAGUGAGAUUGAUCCCGCUCUUGGAGAAGCUCCCGGUUCUGGUGAUCCCGGCAGAGGUCAAGGCGGCCAUCGCCGUCGUGGCCGUCGCGGCGGGUUUGUACUCGGCGUUCUGGGCCGCGCCGGCUGCAGGUGCAGGUGCACCGGCCGAUCCCAUCGUGACGAAGGCUCCAGGUGGCGGCGGCGCCUCUCAGCUGAUCCUCAAGUCGGCGUUGAAGGCGAACCCAGCGUUUUAUUUCAGGCUGCUCGCCUGCUCCGAUCUGUUGGCCUAG